CAGAGUUGAUGAAUUCUGUGCAUUCCAGAGAUAAGAGAGUGCAUUCUGUGUGUGCGGGUUGUGUGUUGAGCGCAUGUUGUUUGUAUGCAGACGCGGUUCGCGGCAUUGGCCAUAAUUAUAUUUGUUGGUCCGGAAAGUAAAAAACUCCUGUCUGUGCCCUCAAGAGUUCGCUGAUUUUUCGUAUAUUCGGCUAGAUUUAUGGUGUGAUCAUCGCCGACCAGCAUCCCCGAUCCAUAUCCCACAAUGGGCUCGAGCUACAAACUGGACAAAGAUGCGUUCUCGCGCAGACUGAAACGCUUGUACGACAUGUGGAAGGAGCCUGAACACAAAUGCGAGGGUGGCUUCAAAAACAUGGACGCAUUGGUUGUUCCAGUCGGCAAUACGAAGGAGAUAAGUUACUGCAAAUCAACCGCACUGCAACUAUGGCUCUUUGGCCUUGAGCUAGCAGAUUGUGUAAUGGUUUUUGCUGAAAAUGAGGUUCACUUCUUGGCAUCAAAAAAGAAGGUUGAAUUCCUGAGUCAGCUAGCAGCUGAAAAUAGCGAGGAAGGGAUGCCUACCUUUAAAUUCCACCAAAGAGACCAGUCUGAUGAAGACAAGGCCAAUUUCAAAACUUUGAUGAACAUAAUCAAAGGAAGUAAAGAAGGAAAAGUUGUUGGGAUGUUCGUGAAAGACAAGGAUGGUUUUAGCAACAGCUUCGUCAAAUCCUUCAAAAAUGCUAUGAAGGGACAAAACUUUGAUAUCUUUGAUGCAUCAACAGCAAUCGCCUAUGCGUUUGGAAGUAAAGAUGACCAGGAGUUGAGUAAGACAAGAAAAGCCUGCAAAGUAUCUUGUAACCUCUUUGACAAGUACUUGAAAGAACAAAUUAUCAACAUAAUUGACUCUAAGAAAAAAGUGCGGCAUUCGGAGUUGUCGGAGAGCAUUGAGGAGGCCAUGACGAGUGAUGAGAAUUAUUUUUCUGGCUGUGACUCCAAUUAUCUAGAAAUGUGCUACCCUCCUAUCAUUCAAUCUGGCGGAAGCUAUGCUUUGAAAUUCAGUGCCAAAUGUGAUAAAAACUGCUUGCAUUUUGGAGCUAUUGUGUGCUCUUUGGGAGCCAUUUACAUGAACUAUUGCUCUAACAUCACCCGAACACUUCUUGUCAACCCAUCGGAUGAAAUCAAAGAGUUGUAUGAAAUUGUUUUGGAUCUACAAGAGAUAGUACUAAAACACCUUGUUCCUGGAGCUAAGCUGAGUGAUGUUUACACAGCUGGAGUAAAGUUCAUCAAGCAGAGGAAACCGGACAUGGUGGACAGAUUCACCACAAAUUGGGGAUUUUCCAUGGGUUUAGAGUUCCGAGACUCUUCAUUGGUUAUUGGGCCCAAGUCAACAGGCUACGCAAAGGAGAGAAUGGUAUUCAACAUCAACAUGGGGAUACACAACAUAAAAAAUCCCAAGGGUUCUGACAAAACCUAUGCCAUUUUUGUUGGAGAUACGGUUGUGGUGAAUGAGACUGGUCCAGCAACCAUCUUAACAAAUUCAAAGAAGGACAUCAAGAAUGUACAGAUGCAGGAGCAAAGUGAUCCAACUCCAGAGGCCACAAACAUUUUCAUUGGUCCUGGCGCUGUUGUCAAUCUGAUAAGAAAUUGUUUGCCCAUUGCCAUCACAUGUCAGCAUAGAAAAACUAAUAAUAAAUUUAACUGCAACAAAUACAAGGAGAUGCAAUUCGUCCAAGUCCAAAACUUGCAGGAAUUUCUUAUAGCAAAAACAGCUCAAGAAAUCAAUGCAGAAACGGACAUACAUAAAAUUCGCCAACGCAUCCAUCUUAAGUACAUCGAGGUUGAGGUUCGCCCCAAAAAACCAAAUGUGAGUCACUUUUUUCUUCCAAUGAGCAUUAAUAAAAUUGAUUCAAAACUUCUUGUAUGUGCUACCGCUUACGCCUGCUUUUUUGGCACAUCUGCCGAGUCAAUUAGACGUGAACGCGUAGCUUUUGGAAGGGAAAAAUGAUUACCUUUAAUUGUAAAAUCAAUGCAGGUUGGAAAUGAUGAUCAAAUUUUUGUAUUAUAUUAAAACUACGAAUGUGUUCCCUGGUGUUAUUUUUAAUUUAUUAUGCAGUGGCAAUAUAAAUUAUGAUAAAAUAUAAAUUAUGA